GCUAUGACAGGGAACACUCGCUUCUACACCGCCCAGGGUACAGGACAAACCCAUAGACAUCUACCACGAGGUCUCCGUGAACCGUCACAUGGUCUGUAGGCACCCUGAAUAAAGCCUCCACUAGCGUCCAUACGCCCAACCGCGAGACACACCCGCCAAAUCGCAGGAGCAAGUCUUCGUCUUGCGUUCUGGGCUGACGGUGCGCCCUGGCCUGAGCUUCAUCCUCUGACAGCUAUUUGACUCGUUCACUUCCCCACAGCUUUUCUGAGGGCCUGACACUUGCGAUCACACUUGAAGCUGGGGUUCAGCCUUCUCCACGCGACCCCACCUGUUCACCAUGUCGACGAUAAUCGCGUCAACUUCGUCAGCUGCUGCCUCCGCAACGGCCAGGCCACAAGCACCACCCCAGGCUGGUGUGCUUGAAGGUGUCAAUCCCGUGCACUUCGAUGCCAAGAAUCCAAUCAUCUUAUUCAUCGUCCAGGCGUCAAUUAUAAUCAUUUUCUGUCGACUGCUUGGCUGGCCUCUUUCGAAAAUUCGCCAGCCUCGCGUUAUCUCUGAGAUCAUCGGCGGUAUCCUUCUUGGUCCAUCAGUUUUCGGUCGUAUUCCAGGUUUCACAGAGUCGAUCUUCCCAGCACAGUCUAUGACCAACUUGAAUCUCGUUGCCAACCUCGGUCUGACCUUGUUCCUCUUCAUCAUUGGUCUCGAAGUAGAUCUGCGCUUCUUGCUCAGUAAUUGGAAAAUUGCUCUCAAUGUCGGUGUCGUCAGCAUGGUCAUCCCCUUUGGCAUGGGAUGUGCCAUUGCGGUCGGACUGUACAACGAGUUCAAGGACGAACCAGGAAUGGUCGAGAUCGACUUUGCCAUCUUCAUGCUUUUUAUCGGUGUAGCCAUGGCUAUCACGGCGUUCCCCGUGCUGUGUCGUAUCCUCACUGAACUCAAGCUUCUGAUGACCCCUGUCGGUGUAAUCGUGCUUUCAGCUGGAGUAGGCAACGACGUUGUAGGCUGGAUCCUCCUCGCACUUUGCGUCGCUCUCGUCAAUGCAGGCACCGGUCUUGCGGCACUUUGGGUGCUGUUGACGUGUGUAGGAUACAUGCUGUUCUUAGUUUAUGCGGUUCGACCGGUCUUUGUUUGGGUGCUGCGCAGGUCGGGAGCUUUGCAGGAUGGUCCUACUCAGGGCAUCAUUGCUCUUACCCUCAUCAUCGCGCUAGGCUCUGCCUUCUUCACCGGAAUUAUUGGAGUACACCCUAUCUUCGGAGCUUUCAUGGCUGGCUUGAUAUGUCCUCAUGAGGGUGGUUUUGCCAUCAAGGUCGCUGAGAGGAUCGAAGAUCUGAUCGGUGCUCUGUUUCUGCCAUUGUACUUCACGCUCUCCGGACUCAACACCAACGUUGGUCUUCUCGAUUCCGGGAUCGUCUGGGGUUACGUCUUUGGCGUGAUCGCAGUCGCGUUCUUCUCGAAAUUCAUCGGCGCCACACUUGCAGCUCGAGGAUCCAAGAUGCUUUGGCGAGAGUGCUUUGCUGUAGGAUCUUUGAUGAGUUGCAAGGGUCUCGUCGAGCUGAUUGUACUGAACAUUGGCCUGAACGCCAAAAUUUUAAGCACACGGACAUUUACGAUCUUUGUUGUCAUGGCCCUGGUUACGACAUUCGCAUCGUCCCCUCUCACGAUGUACUUCUACCCACCCUGGUACCAGAAGAAGGUAGAGGCCUGGCGUCGCGGCGAGAUCGACUGGGACACCGGCAAGCCACUGGAUAACACCGACAGCGUUCAGGAUGGCGUUCACUUCGACAAACUGGCUGCUGAGAAGAUCAAGCGUGUUACGGUGUAUCUACGUCUCGACAGCAUGCCCAGCCUGCUCGCGUUCACAUCGCUCUUUGGAGGUUCUCAGAAGCCUGCACCUAAGGUCCAUCCGUCAAUCGGCGCUAGCACAAGCAAAGAGACCGGGGACUCAUCCUUGGAGGAAGUCGCGACCAGUCGACCAGUCGAGGCUUACGGUCUGCGCCUGCUCAAUUUGACAGAUCGUGGCUCGUCCGUGAUGCAGGUCUCCGAGAUGGAGAGUUACACUGCCUACGAUCCUGUAGUCAACACAUUCCGCACCUUCGGCCGCCUGCACAAUCUUGCCGUCAGCGGAGAGGUCCUGGUCGUUCCUGAAUCCUCCUUCGCGGACACCUUGGCCACGCGCGCCUCGGACUCGAAUCUGCUCCUCCUUCCUUGGAGUGAAACAGGUGGUAUGUCCGAGCAAGCAAUCAUCGAAGACAAAGGCACCAAGAACAAGCUCGCUGCGUCUUCCUACGUUGACUUCGUGAACUCUACGAUCGAACAGUCCACUACUCCUGUUGCUGUGCUUGUGAAUAAGAAUUUCGGCGGCAGUAAGAACAAGGACCGCAGGACAACCCUCAAACUCUCUCGUACCUACAGCAGUGUCAGUCUUCACGCAGAUCAGGCUGUUACAGCUCCCAUCGCGGACCGCAGCCAUCACAUCUUUUUCGCGUUCUUCGGGGGCGCAGACGACCGCGCUGCGCUGCGCCUCGUUCUCCAGCUCGCAGAAAAUGCUCAGAUCACCGCCACACUUGUCCAAUUCGAUGUACCGGAAUCAUUCCUCGGUAGGCCGACAGCAUCGACGUCCUCCAUCACCUCGCCUAGCAAGGCAGGCGAGACAAUCAUCACCACGACGGUACCCACUGCCCGCGAACACGACGCAGCAUUCUUCGCAUCGCUGCGCGCCUCUCUACCAGCGGAGCUGGCGAACCGUGUCAUUUUCGAGACUGUUGUAUCUGAAGAACCCAUCAAGGAUGUCAUCGCACGCGCAAGCAUCGAGAUUGGACAGUCGCCGAAGAAUGCAGGUGACCUAAUUAUACUGGGUAGAAACAUCGACAGGAACAACGCUCUCAGCACAGAAAAUGCAGAUGAGAUCAGAAGCGUAUCGAGCGCAUCGAGCACACUAGGCUUAUUAGCUGAGAAGAUAUGGGAAGGCAAGCUCGGUGCCAGCGUGCUGGUUGUCAAGGCGGGCGCUUCGGCGAACUAAACUGCCAUGAGCUAUUGUUUUGGCAUUGCUGGCAUCUAUGAGAUAAGACGAUAUCAUGUCCAUAUGGGGCGCGUUGAGCAUUUAGCAGGAGUUGAUUCGAUAUGACCAAAGUGAAGGUUUAUUUUGUAUCUCAAGGCCGUUUGGGGAUUCCUUUAGCCAAGCCGGAGUAUUGCCCAAAUGAAUCGCACGCAAUGUUAAACAAUUCAUUCACAAGGCUCG